AGUGCACCGAUAUAUUUAUGUCAGCAGCGAGUCCUCCGACAAGCACUUGCUGCAGUACGGCAGAUGCUCCUCCGCUUCUUCAGCCUGUUGUCGACCCUUCUUCCCAUCCUGAUUGGGGGUCUAGCAUCACCACACGAUGGAAUGAAGAAGGGGGAAUGUAUUGGAUCGAAGAAGAGAUGAAGUCCAAGUUGUCACUGGUGCCACUUACCGAUCAAGAAACGUUGGACCUGAUCGCUUUACUAGGGCGGAGGCUUUUAGAGAUGGACGUUCACCAGCUUGAGAGGGCCGUGUAUAGGCUUGGCAAGGACAAAUGCAGGCAACUACUCGCCGUAACUGAGGAGAAAAUCAAAAACAAUGCUCCCGAAGAUGCGCUAUACCUAUACACUCAAGACGGCAGCAAGAGAGCGCGCACCCCCGGAGGCGUGUUCUGGAAGAUAAUCAAAACAAGCGAGGAUAUCGAAUCUCAAGAUAAGAGUUUCAUCUUCCGCGGCAAUACAACCAGACAGAACAAGAUUCGCAGGGAUAAGGCGCGCAUCGAUCUCAUCUUCGCCAACCUCAGCUGCUUCGCUCCGUCUGAUCCAAGAGUUCGAGCGAUACGCGAUAUCGUUGCCGCUCUGGGCAUGACAGAAACGACAAUCGCGGAACGAUUGAUAGAAAAGAAGGGUGUCGACUUCGCCCGCUCGCUCCUAGCCGAGAGCCUCGAGCUUUGCUCGGAUGCAUCGAAUGAGAGAUCUGCGGUAGAAGCCAGAAUUCUGAGAAAGAAGACCCAUACGGAGACCGUAGAUGGUGAGGAGGUUGAAGUGAAGCGUACUCCGGGGGGCGUGUUUGCCCAACUCAUCAAGGCAGACGAAAACAUUUCCGCUGAGGAUAAGCUGUACAUCUUCGCUCUUGCUCGCGGUGGGAAGGGCACGGCUCCGCGACGUGGCCAAGGGAGGGGCCGGCCACCUAUGUUCACGAAACAGUACCAGGAUGCCACUUGGAGGACAUGUGGCGGAGUGGGAACUCCUGGGAGGUUUGUUGGAGAUAUGGACUAUGAGGAGCGCGGUGAAGCUCUCCCGUCGGCAAUACCUCCACCUGAGGGGAACAUGGCUGGAUUCAUGAUCCUUCCGGAGGAUGCACCUGAACGUAUCGUCGUACUCGAACUCGCGGCUGGCUUGGGCGUCAACAUGUCGCUGAUACACGUCCACUUCCUUGAGCGCUUGGUGGUGAGGAAAGGCAUAGCAGUCGCUGUGGAGCUCUAUGAGGCGACCAAGAGGAUUGAGAAGGAAUGUGGCGGUCGCUUGGGUGGAGUAGUAACUCGACUGAUCAAGGAAGAUGACAGGUUCACCGAGGAAGACGUUGCGUUCAUCUACAAAGUCGUGCCGUCCCCGGAAACUAAUGGAAACGACGACUCUAGUCCGAUGAAGCAAGUGAUCAACACAGCGGAGGAAUCAGCUCGCUUCAAGCGACUCCUGGCCGAGAUGGAAGUAAUGAAUAGGAUAUGUGUCGGGCUGAAAAUACACGAUCAGCUUAUGGUUGAGCGGAUGAUCCACAGGAAAGGACUCGGAUUCGCGAGUGCUCUUUAUGAAGCAGUAACGAAGAUCGAGAAUAACGGCGGUAUGAUGAGUGAUGACGGGACCAGGAAGAGAACUCCAGCAGCUAUUUUCAUCAAGAUUUUCAAGGAACAGUGA